AGUUCACUUCUCCAUAUUCCAGCCGCCCAGGUCCACAGGAAGCGCCAUGGAGAACCACACAGCCGCAGAUCUCGAAUCGGCGGCACAUUUCUUCAGGCGCGACCCGCGCACCGCCGACUGGGCCCUGGUGGGCAACAAGCAGUUCAUUGUCUUUCUGAUUGCCGCCUACGUCUACAUCGUCAAGAUCGGCGGACCUCGGUUCAUGAAGGAACGCAAGCCCUACGACAACAUCAAGCCCCUGAUCCUGCUCUACAACGCCGUCAUGGUGCUCCUCAACUGCUACUUCGUCGUUGCCCUCUUGUCGAAGAGCUAUUUGGGCGGCGGCUACAGUCUUUUCUGUCAGGGCAUCGAUUUCCAGGCUCGGGAUGCGCUGACGAUGAGCAUGCUGUCGCACGUGUGGUGGUACGUGAUGGUGAGGAUCGCCGACUUCCUGGACACCGUCUUCUUCGUACUGCGCAGGAAGGACUCGCACGUGUCGUUCCUGCACGUCGUCCACCACAUCUUGGUCGUGUUCAACGGUUGGUUCGGCCUCGCCUACGGAGCAGACGGCCACGCUGCCUUCGGCACCAUCUUCAACAGCUUCGUGCACGUGGUCAUGUACUCCUACUACUUCUUGUCUCUGUUGGGACCCUCGGUUCAGAAGUACCUGUGGUGGAAGCGCUACCUCACCCAGUUCCAGCUGGCGCAGUUUGUAAUCAUGUUCUUCCACAUGACCGUACCGUUAUUCGUGAACUGCGGUUAUCCUCUCGCACAUAUAUGCAUCACGUUGCCACAGGGCGUCUUCUUCUUCACAAUGUUCAUGAACUUCUACAUCAAGAGUUACUCUAAUCGAAGGAGGCCUCAGUCUCGCGAGGAGGUCCAGACCAAAAAUCAGUAAUUUCAGUCAGCUCCACAUCUGUUAGAAAGAAGCACCCACUUUCCGAUAUUUUCUUUUUUCUUCUGCCUUUUUUUCCUUUUUUUAAGCGCUGGCAAUGAGAAGUUUUGCGUGUGUUAGUACGUAUUGCGGUUGCUCAGAGUAAAGCGCUUGAAACUCAGGUGUUAGGCGUCCGUCUCUGCACUUCAUUAUCUUGUCCUAGUCCUCACACCUCUGUAGACAAGUUGAUAGAGACAAGCCCAUAGAGCCGAUGUGCGUGUAACGGUGUUGAGAUCGCCCGCAGACAAACUGAACCGUGUCGUGCGCCGUCCUGAAGAUUGAUCUGGUGAGGUUGCUAUUAUUGGAAGGAUCACAACUGGCCUUUAAUUUACACAUUCCGCGGUCAUAAAGGUGUGCAGAAAAGGCCUGCGCAUGGGCUAAAUGUGAAGCUUGAAUGUAUAGUUAAGCGAGCUAAAUACGAAUGUGACGAACUAAACGUAGCAGCAUAAUCUGGCUCUCUGAUCGCAUUCUGAUUGCAAAGCCUGUGUCAUGGGAACACAAAUUAUAUAAGCACGCUCUGGCGUUAACUUCUUCCUCUCUCUCUCUCUCUCUCUCUGCUUAGCGAGCUAUUCUCAGUAAGGACGUGGUAAUUAGUAUUCGAAAGCAACGUUGUAAAAGGCCUUCCUUAAUGAAGCUAGACAGAGAUAGGCAAUCAAGUAAGUAUAUCGAGCCCGUGUACUUGCCUGUACUUGACCAUUGAGGUACCUCCAGGUAUAGGUUCGUCAUUUUUCUUUGCAGAGGCAGGCAUCCUCGAAGCAAACCAAUUUCAUGCUAGCAGCAUUAGUUGUUCUACAUUGUACGUAUCUUUAGCGUAAGUACUCGGCUAACUGUUCUAGGUUUGAUGAUACUGCCGAAUAUUGAAACUAUUCCUAAUCUAAUGCUAUUGCUCUUUUUCUCGUUAUCUCCUCGCGCUCAGCCUUCCAAUUUUUUUUUUAUAAUGUGGCGCCUAGUCAAAGAAUGCUAAUGUCGUUGAACUAUUAUCGUAAACGAUUGUCCACGCAAACCGUACCUUGUGCGAGCAUUCCUAUCGUCUCCCUUUCUUGUAUCAUGUAUUCUAACCUCAAAUAAACAGCUCGAGUGAGAACCUGC